GUAGGAAUUCUGAUGUGCUUCAGUGCACGGAACAGUAACAAAUGAGCUGCUUUUGGGGAGAGCUGGAGCACUCAGUCGGUCAGUAGUACAGUAGCAGGCUCACAUGUGCGGAUUGUUCCUGUGAGGAGUAUCACCAUGGGGUCUACUGCUACCGAAAUCGAAGAAUUGGAAAACACCACUUUUAAGUAUCUCAUAGGAGAACAGACUGAGAAAAUGUGGCAACGCCUGAAAGGAAUACUAAGAUGCUUGGUGAAGCAGCUGGAAAAAGGUGAUGUUAAUGUUGUAGACUUAAAGAAGAAUAUUGAAUAUGCAGCAUCUGUGUUGGAAGCAGUUUAUAUCGAUGAAACAAGAAGAUUACUGGAUACUGAUGAUGAACUCAGUGACAUUCAGUCAGAUUCAGUCCCAUCGGAAGUCCGGGACUGGUUGGCUUCUACCUUUACACGGAAAAUGGGGAUGAUGAAAAAGAAAUCUGAGGAAAAACCAAGAUUUCGAAGCAUUGUGCAUGCUGUUCAAGCUGGAAUUUUUGUGGAAAGAAUGUACAGAAAGUCCUAUCACAUGGUUGGCUUGGCAUAUCCAGAAGCUGUCAUAGUAACAUUAAAGGAUGUUGAUAAAUGGUCUUUUGAUGUGUUUGCCUUAAAUGAAGCAAGUGGAGAACAUAGUCUGAAGUUUAUGAUUUAUGAGCUAUUUACCAGAUAUGAUCUUAUCAACCGUUUCAAGAUUCCUGUUUCUUGCCUAAUUGCCUUUGCAGAAGCUUUAGAAGUUGGUUACAGCAAGUACAAAAACCCAUAUCACAAUUUGAUUCAUGCAGCUGAUGUCACUCAAACUGUGCAUUACAUAAUGCUCCAUACAGGUAUCAUGCACUGGCUCACUGAACUGGAAAUUUUAGCAAUGGUCUUUGCCGCUGCCAUUCAUGAUUAUGAGCAUACAGGAACUACAAACAACUUUCAUAUUCAGACAAGGUCAGAUGUUGCCAUUUUGUAUAAUGAUCGCUCUGUCCUUGAAAAUCACCAUGUGAGUGCAGCUUAUCGACUUAUGCAAGAAGAAGAAAUGAAUGUCCUGAUAAAUUUAUCCAAAGAUGACUGGAGGGAUCUUCGGAACCUAGUGAUUGAAAUGGUUUUAUCUACAGACAUGUCGGGUCACUUCCAGCAAAUUAAAAAUAUAAGAAACAGUUUGCAGCAACCUGAAGGGCUUGACAGAGCCAAAACCAUGUCCCUGAUUCUCCAUGCAGCAGACAUCAGUCACCCAGCCAAAUCCUGGCAGCUGCACCACCGAUGGACCAUGGCUCUGAUGGAGGAGUUUUUCCUACAGGGAGAUAAAGAAGCUGAAUUAGGGCUUCCAUUUUCCCCGCUCUGUGAUCGAAAGUCAACGAUGGUGGCCCAGUCCCAAAUAGGUUUCAUUGAUUUCAUAGUAGAGCCAACAUUUUCUCUUCUGACAGACUCAACAGAGAAAAUUAUUAUUCCUCUCAUAGAGGAAGCUUCAAAAACUCCUUCCUAUGGAGCAAACAGCACCUCUAUGGGAUCACAUGUUGCCAAUUCCUCUAGACGAUCAAAUAUGAAAGGCACCGUGAACGAUGGAACCUACUCCCCAGACUACUCCCUUGCGAGUGUGGACCUGAAGAGCUUCAAAAACAACCUGGUCGACAUCAUCCAGCAGAACAAAGAGAGGUGGAAAGAGUUAGCUGCUCAAGGUGAACCUGAUCUUCAUAAAAACUCAGAAGAUCUAGUAAAUGCUGAAGAAAAACAUGCUGAUACACAUUCAUAGGUUUGAAAUACCUUAAAGGCUUCUGUCAUUUUCAACAUGAGAGAGUGCUGUAGCUACAAAUUCCUCAAGAUGUUAAGUAAAAAGAAAGCAAAAACAAAAUUAUGGAAAAAUAUUUUUUGCAGCUCUGAGGCUAUUUAAAUUGUCCUUAUUUUUAAAUACAUGGGAACAAAAUGAGAGGUGGGAAUGCCCAGAAGCUGUGAUUGAAGUCCUGUGACAACCAUAGAGCAUCAGAGCCCUGGCUCUGUGAGCUGAUCAACUCUUCAUUGUAACUCUUAAGCUGGGAAGCCGCCAUGAAACCUGUCCCUGAAAGCAGUGGACCAGCCUGCAUCCAUCCUCAUGGUUUCGGAGCACUAAUGAAUCACCUACAUGGGCGUGGUCACAAGACAAGUCACACAUUACCUGCGAUCCAAGAUAACAAGAUCUUUCAGCCAUUGUUGGAGACAGACACUAGAACUGAGAACGGAAUUUGCCUUCUGGGGCGUUGAUCCCAUCAGGAUGUAACAAAAUGUAUUACAAGCCAAGGAAUAAGUGAAAAGUGUGUGUGCUUAUGUGUGUGUGUGUAUGGGUGUGUAUAUUCAAAAAUGUCUAUGAAAGUGGAAGCCCACACUUUUCUGUACAGAUAACAUUGUUUGAUGUGACCUUAUAAUUUUACUACACAGAAACAAACUGCAACCCAUGGAGACUCUGCUUCCUUGUCAUGUUUUGCCUGAGCAUGUGCAGAGUCUUUCCUUUGCUGUAAACUGAAGAACUACCUUUAUAUGUUAUUAGCUGACAAGAAAGGUCAAGCACAACUAGGUGUUGUAACCUUACUGUAUAAACACUUCAGUGAUUGUUAGACUAAGUGAACUUGUCUUUGUGAAAGGUAGAAAUUUGGUUGGAAAAAAUCAAGAGUAGAGAGUAGUCAUUGAUUAAAGAAUAAAGUGAAGGUGGCUAUGUCCAUCCCAAUGCCUUUCUGUUGCACCUGCUUCUUCCCUGGGUUCCACAAUGCUAAGCAAUAUAUUGGAAAUGGAUGCAAUCAGAAGCUUUUAAGUCUAAGCAGUGGGAUUUUAUAACUCACAACUUAGAUCUCUUUUAAUGUGUAAGCCAUAUUCUAUAUGCAUAUUAGGUAUGCAUCAUUCUAAUUUAAGAUAUUUUUGUGCAUAGACUCUGUAUAAGAUGCUUCUAAAUGUUCUAUGAAUAAGGUCCUUAGCUUUUGUUUCACCUUAAUCAUAUGUAGGACACAGCUAAAUAAUUAUAUCAUAGACAUUAUAAUGCAAUUGAUAUUUUAAACGUAAGCAGUAAAGAUUGAUCUAUAAUGAUGUCUUGGGGGAGAAUGUAUAGAUAUGUACAUCAUGGUGACUUUUUCUCCUUUGACAAUGGACUUCUUAUUUCUAUUUAUGGAGAAACUGCAACUACUGCUUUUAAUGUCUUUUUUAAGUAGCUAUUUACAAGCUAGAACAUAUUCUGCAUUUAAAAUAGAAUCUAUCUGGGAAGUCCUAGUACUAUUGUUCCUAUUUGAGCCAGUUGUCUUUCGAUAAAGCUAUAGAAUCACUCAACAAAGAAAUAAAUCGAAACACUGCUUCUUUAAUUGUCAUAGGCAACAUGUCCACUUUGUUCCUAUUAAUACUUUAAGAUAUAUAGACUUUAUUAUUAAAAAUAGAGGAAUAUAAUGAAUUCAUUAUUUUCUGUAUAUGGGCUUUAACCUAAUUUUCCAGGUUAUGUAACUUACAGAGCGCUGAACGUCCAAGGGAGUGGAGAAAACACACUCCAUUUCCUCAGAAGAGUUGUCACGCUGUUGAUGCACUUUUUCUUUUCCCAAUCUGCCUCCCUCGCUCCCUUGUUCCCUCCUUUCCCUCCCUUCUCUCCUUUGUAUCUUCUUUAUUCCUCUCUCUCUCUCUAAGAGAGCCAAUACUUUGUGUUCAUUUAGUGAGAGUUCAGAGUGGAGGUACCAGUGCCCAUCCCUUCUGCAAACAUCAAUGUUGAAUCCAUCCUGAAGGGAGGGAUGGAUGAGUUAGGCUGCUGCACCUUAAAUGUCCUGCUUUGCAUUUUUAUCCUCAGCUACCAAACAUAUAUCGAAUAAUUUCAUAUGCCUUUUUAUUUAACCAGUAUCUCUUUUAUUUAAUUUGUCACAUGUCAAGCUACAACUCUUGUGUUUUUAUUCUGCUGUAUUUAUCUGUACUUCCUAUUAUAUAUGAUUGUUAAAUAAAUUAUACUUGAGGGAAAA